AGCGCACUGUGGAACAAAACAUUCAACCGACACAAAAACACACAGGCUUCCAGACCCAGAAUGGAGCAGAAGACAGAGCAUGUCCAUGUCCGGGCCUGAGGCGGACCAGUCCCAACAAAGCCAGCAGUUUCAGCCCACAUGGAAAUCAUAUGACCAUGAAACCCGCGGUGCAGAAGCUGUAAGUGUUCCAGACUACCGCCCUGACUGGAAACAUGAGCCCCGCGGACACAGGGAGGACCGCAGCCCUGUGCGUCCGCAUCCUGACGCUCCUGACGCUCCUGGAGAACUGCAGCGGACUAGCACAUGAGCCAGAGGGAUUUCCACCAGGUCUUCCUGAGUAUGAAGUGGUUCACCCCACUAGAGUAGAUGCCAAAGGUCACUUCCUGUCCCACUUCCUGGCUCACCACGCUCAGCGAGUGCAACGUCGGGAUACGUCAGAAGCCCCGGCGGACUUAGACCGACUCUUCUAUCAUUUGUGGCACCGGGGCCAUAGUCUGUACUUCAAGCUCACCCUGAACCCACACCUGUUGGCUCCAGGCUUCCUGAUAGAGAGGAGGCACCGUGGCCUGAGGGGGGCCCAGGUACAGCCCCCUGCAUCCACCCACUGCUACUUUCUGGGGGAAGUAUUAGAAGAUGCCAGCGUUAAAGGGCAGGCAGCUCUGAGUACCUGUGAUGGACUGACAGGAUUUUUUAAGUUCUCUGAUGAGGAGUUAUUUAUUCAGCCUCUGGAGAAGUCUGAUGAUAUGACCUCAGUGCCUCAAGCUCACGCCAUCUAUAAACGCCACACCUCUCCUCCGUCCUGGACUCCAGUCGUCCAUCCUGCCUCAGGGACGCAACCUCUCAACAGUACCUGUGGAGUCAAAAAUUCACAUCAAAGUUUUGAAGCUGCUGAAAGACAGCGGGAGCGCUGGGAGUACCGCCAACAGAGGAGAAGGAGGAGAAUUCAUCAACGAUCAGUCAGCAAAGACAAGUGGGUUGAAACCUUGGUGGUGGCUGACCCUAAAAUGGUGGAGUACCAUGGGAGCAAAGCUGUGGAGCCCUACGUACUGGCUGUCAUGAACAUUGUGUCCAGUCUGUUCAGCGACCCCAGUAUUGGAAAUUCAAUCAACAUUGUAGUUGUUCGUCUCAUCUUACUGGAGCAGGAUGAGGAUGACUUAAAGAUCACACAUCAUGCUGACAACAGCCUGAACAGCUUCUGCAAGUGGCAGAAACAACUCAAUAUGAAAGGAGAUGAUGACCCGCUGCACCAUGAUGUCGCCGUUCUGCUCACAAGGAAGGACAUCUGUGCUGCCAUCAACAUGCCUUGUGAGACGCUGGGUCUGUCCCAUGUGGCUGGGAUGUGUCAACCACAUCGCAGCUGCAGCAUCAGCGAGGACACCGGCCUCCCUUUGGCCUUCACUGUCGCACAUGAGCUGGGACACAACUUUGGGAUUCAGCAUGAUGGCAACGGUAAUGACUGUGAGCCCAUUGGGAAGCGUCCUUUUGUCAUGUCCCCACAGCUCCUGUACGGCACCUCCCUGCCCAGGUGGUCCCGCUGCAGCCGCCAGUACAUCACCCGCUUCCUAGAUCGAGGCUGGGGCUGGUGUCUGGACGACGUUCCCGCCCAGGACAAACUGUCCGUCCACUCUGUGCUUCCUGGUGUCCUGUACAGCGCCUCCCACCAGUGCCGCCUGCAGUAUGGAUCUGGAUCAGUCCUGUGUGAGGACAUGGAUGACAUAUGCAGCACUCUGUGGUGCACUGUGGGAACCACCUGCCACUCCAAACUGGAUGGAGCUGUGGACGGGACCAGCUGUGGGGAGGGCAAAUGGUGUUUGAGUGGGGAGUGUGUCGCAGUUGGAAGUUCCCCUGGGAGCGUGGAUGGCGGCUGGGCAUCAUGGAGCCAAUGGUCGCCCUGCUCCAGGACAUGUGGGUCUGGGGUCCAGAGUGCCCACAGAGACUGUGACAACCCUGUGCCUAAGUAUAGAGGGAAGUACUGUCUGGGAGAGCGACGCAGGUAUCGGCUCUGCAACACCACCCCAUGUCUUCAUGAGCAGCCCAGCUUCAGAGACCUACAAUGUAGUCACUUCAACAGCAUGCCCUACAAGGGCCAGAUUUACAGCUGGGUAGCAGUCAUCAACAAAGUCAGUCCCUGUGAACUGCACUGCCGUCCGCUGGAUGAACAUUUCUCUGAAAAGAUGAGGGACGCUGUUACUGAUGGGACUCCAUGCUAUGAGGGCAGCAAAAGCCGAGAUAUGUGCAUCAACGGCAUCUGUAAGAAUGUGGGCUGUGACUUCAUGAUCAGCUCAAAUGCUGUGGAGGAUCGCUGUGGGGUGUGUAAUGGUAAUGGAUCAACCUGUACAACAGUGAAAAGAACCUUUGAGGAGAGUGAAGGACUUGGUUAUGUAGACAUUGGACUGAUACCAGAGGGAGCGUGGGACAUCCGUAUUGAGGAGGUGGCUGAAGCUGGGAAUUUCUUGGCGCUACGAAGUGACAACCCCAACAAGUAUUUCCUGAACGGAGGCUGGACGAUUCAGUGGAAUGGCGAGUACAAGGCAGCUGGAGCAACGUUCACUUAUGAAAGGACAGGACAUCUGGAGAACCUGACCUCUCCUGGACCAACCAUAGAACCACUCUGGAUUCAGCUUCUUUUUCAGGAGACCAAUCCAGGUGUGCGCUAUGAGUACACAAUCAAUCAGAAUGUGUCUGAAGACAAAGACAAGCCUGUUUCAGUUUUCUUCUGGAAAUAUGGUUCGUGGACAGAAUGCAGUACCAGCUGUGGCACAGGUGUUCAGAGGCAAAUUGUUCACUGUGUGGAAAAGACCACUGGGAUUGUGGAGGAGUACUUCUGUGACCCUUUAACCCGACCUGAGGAUAACCAAACCAGGUGUAACAAGGACCCGUGUCCACCCAUAUGGUGGGUUGGUGAGUGGCAGAAAUGCUCAUCCAGCUGCGGGAGCUCAGGUCUGGCUAAAAGGACAGUACUUUGCAUUCAAGCGCUUGGCGUGGACGAGCAGAAAGCCUUAGAGCCCAGUGAAUGUGAACAUAUGCCCAAACCGGAGGCCGUAACCUCCUGCAACACACACAUGCCAUGCCCUGCAGACUGGACGACCAGCAACUGGUCAAAGUGUUCAGUGACCUGUGGAAGUGGAGUUCGCCGCCGAAAUAUAAGUUGUUCUGGAAACACAGGUGUUGACUGUGACCAUCAAAAGAAACCCACUGCUGUUGUGACCUGCUCCACUCAGGACUGUCCACAGGAAGUGGAUAACUUCGGCACCACUGACUGGUCUGGGAGCGGCUGGUCAAGCAAAGAGGUGUUCAAUGAAAUCAGCUCCAUACCUGAAGCCAACCCCCCUCCCAAAUACACCACCAGAUCUCAGCCUCAGGGUCAUCAGGAUAGAAAUAACAUUGUUGAGGGAGAUUUCCACUACCACAAUAACAUUGAAAAUACUGAUCAUUCUCCGGAAACCACUGUCAAAAUUGAUGAUUUUUACUAUGACUAUAACUUCAUCAACUUCCAUGAAGACUUGUCAGAUGACUCUACAGAUGAACAGGAGUUGGAUUGGCCUCCACAGGAACCAAAGUCAAUCCACAGCAUGAAAGAAAACGCUCAUGUCGAAAUGACCAUAGCCCCGACAUCUGCUUCAGCUUUGUCUGCCACAGCAAAGGCCACCACUGUCUACACUGUGAAAACUGAAGAGACGCACAACACACAUUUAGACAAAGGAGAAGCAGCGAGAAAAAAAUCCAUGCAAGAAAAAUCAGAACAUUUGGAUGAUUUAUUUGCUGAGGAUUAUCUUCUGCCUGUGUCUAGCACUUACUCACCACCUCCAUCAAUAGUACCACAUUCACAAAGACAAAAAGCUAGACACAAGAAUCUGUCGUGGCCUGAAAACUUAAAAAAAAUGCCUAGACCCACUUCUGCUACAAGGCAGCCCAAACAGGAUGUGGAAUGGGAGCAAUAUGGAGAAGAGGCUGACAGUAAUUAUGAGGAAGUCACUGUUACUCCAAAAUAUAUUGUGGUCACUCCCUUACACGAAAACUCAAAACCCACAGUAGUACCUGCAACUGAGAGUUUAGAGCAGAUGGAGGAUAAUUUGGAUAAAUCUUUAACUGGAACAGAUAUCUCUCCUAACCUUUUAGGUUCUCCCCAACAGGAAACUGUGCGUCAGGUCAUGGUCGACAGUUACACAACCCAUCUGGAUGAAAUUGCUUCAGAAAUACCUCAAACCACCAUAAAAUCACUAUCACCUGAUCUCACACUAGAAGAUCUGGAUUUCAAGGAAAGUAACCAUGAGGUCUCUGAAGACAACGUAUCUUUAACUGGAACAGGACUUGUACCUCCUACAAACAUGGAAUCAGGUGCUCAGCCUUCUCCAACUUCUUUCCAAGCAGCUACAACUCAUCAGACAGCCACCAAACCAGCCUUCAGUGAAACUCCUGCAAAAGAUUUCACUUCUCAAACUCUGUUGGACGAUUUGGCUGAUUUUGAAUAUAAUGACGUAAUUGAAUCCUCAGUGGUGACGACUGGUGGUAAGAAAUAUCCUGGUCUUCUAACCACUCCACAGCCUUUUCAAACACCACCACAGCUUGUGAAAUUACCAAUACCUGCUACAUCCAUUUUGCCAACAAGUCCUCCUCAGAGCCCAGUUCAGACUGUGGCCUCCAUUAACACCUACUGGGUCACAGGCAACUGGAGCACAUGCUCGACCAGCUGUGGUCUGGGUGCCAUCUGGAGGACUUUGGCCUGCAGUACCGGCUCAGAAUCUGACUGUGAUCCAGCCAAGAGGCCUGCACCAGCCCAACGCUGUUACCUGCGCCCCUGCUCCACAUGGAGGGUCGGGGAAUGGAAUAAGUGCUCCAAGAAUUGUGAAGGCGGCGUUAAAUCACGAGAGGUUCAGUGUUUUGACAUGAGAGAUGAGCGGCCUCUACGACCUUUCCACUGCAGGGCGAUGUCCGCCAGGCCACAGUCUCGCCCCUGUAACCUUCAGCCAUGUCUGGACUGGUACUCCUCAUCCUGGGGUCAAUGCUCUGAGGUUUGUGGAGGCGGAGAGCAGCAGCGUAUAGUCACUUGUCCAGAGGAAGAUCGAUGCGACAGGGAUCUGCAGCCCAGCAACAUCCAGCCAUGUAAUAAGCAGCCCUGUGCUCAGUGGCUGACUGGAUUAUGGGGACAGUGUUCAGCCUCUUGUGGUGGUGGAGUGCAGCGUCGACUCAUAAUGUGUAUUAACACAAAGGCUGAGACUGAAAACGAACUGGAUCAGGAUCAUUGCAACCAUGAGCAGGAACCUGAGAGCACUCGGAAGUGCAAUGUACAGGAGUGUGAGAGCGCCCCCUCUGGUGCAGUUUGUAUCCGUGAUCGGUUAACAUUUCGUUUCUGCCAGACUCUCAGCUGGUUGGGCCACUGCCAUUUGGCCAAGGUUCGAGCUCAGUGUUGUAAAACCUGCAGCCUGCGUCCUCGUUCUGGAAGAACAUCUCAACGCUGAAGAAGAGCAAUGAAACCACUGGAGAAACUGGAUCUGAACUGUCACAUUUCCCUCCCUAACCUGAACCCUAACCCUAACCACAAGGUUAGAACCAGUAACACUUCAACACUCUCAUGUUUGCAGUGGUGAAACAUGUGGAAAAGUAACCUAGCAGAUCACAUCAUCUGUUCUUUGGGCCAAUCCACAUCAACUCACAUCACACUUCCAUCGUCCACUGUCUUCAUCCGUUUAUCCGGCUCCAGGUCCGGGUCCGGCUCCAGGUCCGGGUCCGGGUCGCGGGGGCAGCAGCCUCAGCAGAGAAGCCCAGACAGCAGCCCUCUCCCAGCCACUUCCACCAGCUUUUCCAGGGGAAUCCUGAGGCGUUCCCAGGCCCAUCCCUCCAGCGUGUCCUAGGUCGGCCCCGAGGUCCUCCUCUGUCCGGGACGAUAUCACACUUCAUGUCAUGGAUUUCUUCAAAAAGAAAUUAUGUGAAACUAUCUAUGAAGAUCUCAAAAUUUGGCCCUUGAAACUCCUUAUUUUUCAUGAGAGUGAAUGAAAAUAAUGAACAUCUAAGAAAUUAUAAUGAUAAUGCCACUUUUAUUUGUGUAAAUAGUUGGUGCUUGAAUCAAAUUAGGAAAUUAGGAAAUGCAUAUUUGUUAACCCUUAUGCCCUCCUUAGGCAUUUUUGUAAAUUUUUCUCUUUUUUUUUUUUUUUUUUAUUUAAUUUUCUAGUUUUUUUUAUUUGGGGAUCAAUUUUUGCAAGAACUUGUCUUUGUAGUUAUAUUUUUUGAAAUCCGGUGUCUUUUACAUGUCUGUUGUAUACUGUUGAUGCAUUUUGCACCCUCUGGUUACCUCUAUAGAUAAAAAGGUACACAUAAAAAACUACUGUGAAAUCAUCAUACAUCAAUAUUUUUUGGGCUUUUUUGUCAUAAAUCUCUUAAACAAAUUCAGCCCUGCUCAAAACUACCAAACAUUCAAUCAUUAUCAGGAUUUUAACUCUUGCCAUUUGCCUUUUCAAUUAUUUGAAUGACUUAUUCAUAAUAUAAAAACAAAAAAAUAACCACACACACACAAAAUUAAUUAUUUCCAUGUAAUUUGGCUUACGUUCAAACUCAGUGUUGUAAAUCCUGUGCAUUGGUGGGGAUUAGAGUCAAUUUGUUGCUAAUCAUCGACACAUCCAAGACUCCACCAAUGACCCAUCCCCCGACUAGUUAUUAUAAGAAAAAUAAUUCAUUUUGUGUGUUUUAUGGUAAUAAAUCACUCGUAAUUUGAAUAAUUAAACUAGCAUUUACAGGGUUAAAAUCUUGAUCCACUAUGUGCAAAUCUCACAUAUUGAUGUUUUAAUAUUCAUUUUAGUUUAAGAUUGAAUAAUGUUAUUGUAUUCAAAUUAGUUUCAGCAACAAUUGUUUAGAUGAAUAGAUGUUACAAAUCAUCCUUUGGGUUUUUCGUUCUUUUUUUUAAUCUCAAUUCAUUUAAAAUGUAAAAAAAAAAAAAAAAAAAAAAAAAAAGUGAUGUUUAGAAUCCACUCAACUAAUUUCAAACAUUCACAACUACAAAAAAAGUAUUUGCUUUAGGAUAUUACAAGGUCCAAUGAACUUAAAAGAAGUUUUCACAUGUUUUUUUUUUUUUGUCCUUAAAAUCCAUGACAUGAAAUGCUAGUCUGAGCAGAGUGGGGGGCUUUUACACCAGGAUACUGAGAAUGUAAAUAUCCUGGUCAGACUGCAUAAAAAGCAAAAAAAUGUUUUUUUUUUGUUUUUUUUUUUGUAUUUUAGAUUUUAUUCUCUUAAGCAUGCCUCUUUAUAUAAACAGCUAACUAUUGAACUAGAGCACAUGUACACAACGUGUUCAUUAUCCUUUCUGAUUGGUACAAAGCUUUCAUUUCUUGACAGCAGCAGGUUGUGUCCAGAUGAGAUCCACAAAUGUGUCUAUGCUGUGGUACAUCUGCUUGUGCACAUAUGCUUAAUCUUAUAGUUAUAAAUGACUGUUUAUGACCACUACAGCUUCUUAAAGGCUUUUAAAAGUAGUUAGUAUUACUUGUUAAAGGUUCAGAAUGCAGUUGAAGUUCAUGUUGGAGUCUGUUUUUUGCAAGUGUACUUUUUUUUGACAUUAUUAUCUUAUUUCUAACAGUGGUGAGUGCAGAAACUUGGAUGUGGUUUUUAUGGUAGAAUUAAGUGAGCAGAGGUGAAGUCCUGCCCCAUCUUCUAUGCUUCAUGAUUUGGAGGGAAAAUAUAUAUGAGGAGAGAAAAUGCAUUUUCUUAUUUAAAUGCAAAUGUGAUGUUUGUCAAUUUGAAAUUUAAUAUAAGUCAAAAAAGUCAUUCUUUGUUGUAAAUAUAGUAAAUUAUCAUGUAGUUAAUCAUCAAGUUAUCGUCCAUCAUCUAGUAAAUUACCAUCUAGGGCAACCUGGUGGUGCAGUGGUUCUUCCUCCCUCCAGCCAAAGACGUGCCCUAAUAGGUUAAUUGUUCAACAUACACCAUGUGCACAGUUAUUAGGCAAAUGAGUAUUUUAACCAUAUCAUUAUAUUUAUGCAAGUUUCCCAACUCCAAACUAUAUUAAUUCAAUUUCUUGUCGGAAUUAGUCA